GAGUCUCGCUCCCUCAGCACAGAGCUGUUCAAGAUGAAGAAUGCCUAUGAGGAGUCCCUGGACCACCUGGAAACGCUGAAGCGUGAGAACAAGAACUUGCAGCAGGAGAUUUCUGACCUCACGGAGCAGAUUGCAGAGGGAGGAAAGGCAAUUCAUGAGCUGGAGAAAGUCAAGAAGCAGAUUGAGCAGGAGAAGUCUGAAAUCCAGGCUGCCUUGGAGGAAGCUGAGGCCUCCCUGGAACACGAAGAGGGGAAGAUCCUGCGCCUCCAACUGGAGCUCAACCAGGUCAAGUCUGAGAUUGACAGGAAGAUAGCUGAGAAAGAUGAGGAAAUUGACCAGCUGAAGAGAAACCACCUCAGAAUUGUGGAGUCCUUGCAGAGCAGCCUGGAUGCUGAGAUCAGGAGCAGGAAUGAAGCCCUGCGGCUGAAGAAGAAGAUGGAGGGAGACCUGAAUGAAAUGGAGAUCCAGCUGAGCCAUGCCAACCGUGUUGCCGCAGAGGCACAAAAGAACCUGAGAAACACGCAGACAGUGUUGAAGGAUACCCAAAUACAUUUGGAUGACGCCCUCAGGUCACAGGAGGACCUGAAGGAGCAGGUGGCCAUGGUGGAGCGCAGAGCAAACCUGCUGCAGGCUGAGAUUGAGGAGCUACGGGCAGCCCUGGAGCAGACGGAGCGCUCGAGGAAAGUGGCUGAGCAGGAGCUUCUGGAUGCAAGUGAGCGUGUGCAGCUCCUCCAUACCCAGAACACCAGCUUGAUCAACACCAAGAAGAAACUAGAAACAGACAUUGCCCAAAUUCAGAGCGAAAUGGAAGAUACCAUCCAGGAAGCCCGCAAUGCUGAAGAGAAGGCCAAGAAGGCCAUCACCGAUGCGGCCAUGAUGGCAGAAAAGCUGAAGAAGGAGCAGGACACCAGUGCCCACCUGGAGAGGAUGAAGAAGAACCUGGACCAGACGGUGAAGGACCUGCAGCACCGUCUGGAUGAGGCGGAGCAGCUGGCCCUGAAGGGAGGCAAGAAGCAAAUCCAGAAGCUGGAGGCCAGGGUGCGGGAGCUGGAAGGGGAGGUUGAUGCUGAGCAGAAGCGCAGCGCUGAAGCCGUGAAGGGCGUGCGCAAGUACGAGAGGAGGGUGAAGGAGCUGACCUACCAGUCUGAGGAAGACCGGAAGAACAUUCUUAGACUCCAGGAUCUGGUGGACAAACUGCAGAUGAAGGUGAAAUCCUACAAGCGACAAUCUGAGGAGGCUGAGGAGCUGUCCAAUGUCAACCUCUCCAAGUUCCGCAAGAUCCAGCACGAGCUGGAGGAAGCCGAGGAGCGGGCUGACAUUGCAGAGUCACAGGUCAACAAGCUCCGAGCAAAGAGCCGGGAAUUCCAUAGGAGGAUUGAAGAGGAAGAGUGAAGAUGUCAUGAGGCAGCAAAGCAGCCUGAGGAGUGCACAAAAUGUGAACCCUCUGUCACUUUCUUUUGCAAUGUCUUUGUAACCAUGUCAGUGUCUAGAGAAUAAAAAACAUAGAUUAAUAUGCAUAAGCACUACAAACAGUG